UUUGAACGGUCAUCUUUCCAUUUGUGCUUUGCGGCUUUGUUAGAAUUUUUAAUUAAAUAUUACGAGGCGUACAGGCACGAAAACGAGGCCGCUUCCAGUUCAAAAGGGAAUCGCUGGAGACUGGCAAGAUUAGAAGGAAUCAGAGAGGAGGAGUGAAAAAGGGUCCGUGAGGACUAGAAUUGAUUUUGUGAUGAGCCGUUGUAUAACCAUCUGCCACCGUGGACACUACAAUUUCUCACCUAUCUAACAGGUUUCACGGUCUGUACCCUAGCAUCACACUGGCCAGCGUACAAGCCUGUCUCAGAGACCCUGGGACUCCCGGGGUGCCGGCCUCCUGGUGGGCGAUGAUGAACGGCAACGCUUACGAGGACCAGGCUCCUCCGACGCUCACGCCGAUCAAAACUUCGCCUAGCUCGACGCCCGUGACAACGACGUCCACCAGCUCCACUUCCCCGGUGACGAGUCAGUCGGGACCCCUGCACAUCCCGGCCAAACGUCUCGGCUACGAAUGCAUGGAACCGGCGCCGGGUGUCAUCAGGCAUUCUCAUCACGGAUCUCAGCCCUGGAACUACUCUCCCGUCGACGGACACCACGUGAGUCCGGCAUUCGACCAGUAUGCUCAACCGACUUAUUACAAUCUCCCAGACGGAAGGGACAGAAAGUCCAGUCUGUUUUGGAGCCCGCCCGACUACAAGUAUUCUUCUUCCGUGACGCCGGGAACAUCUUCUUCUGACCCUGCCGUGUCCACAUGUCACCAGAGCUUCUCUCAGUCCUGGUGCAACUAUCCUCCUUACACGGCCACCUCCAGGCACCAUGUCGACGGACACCACCAGUCCGCUGUUCCCUAUCUGUCUCCGGCAGAAGACAGGAGAGCGACCGCCACGAUGAUAGAGAGUGCCGCCUCCUUUUCUCAUGACAGCUACUCCCUCAGGAACUACCCGGCUCCAGAGCCAGUACCGUCCACACCGUACCCACCUCCAUCUGAUUUCGCUUUCAGCAACAACCGAAGAUACCUUUCGUCCCUAACGGGUGUGGGUAUGACGAGCAUGGGUGUCGGGAGCAACCCUUUGGAAUGGACGGGCCAGGUGACGGUCCGGAAAAAGAGGAAGCCCUAUUCAAAAUUCCAGACGCUAGAGCUGGAAAAGGAAUUCCUUUUCAACGCCUACGUCUCUAAACAGAAACGGUGGGAACUGGCGCGCAACCUGAACCUGACUGAACGGCAAGUGAAGAUAUGGUUCCAGAACAGGCGGAUGAAGAACAAGAAGAACAGUCAGAGACAAGCUGCCCAGCAGCAGAACAACAACAACCCGAGCAGUGCCAACGCCAAUCACCACGGUGCAACGGGACACCACCAAGGGCACCACGUUGUCGGACACCACGUGCCCAACGGGCCGUUGAAGCACCACCAGUGACCUUCGCCUUUCUCUGGGGUCGUUUUCGGUCACCAUUUACACCACAACCACCAUCACGGCGUUGCCACUUGAACAACACAACCAACACUUCUAGUCAACAGAGUUGAGCCACACGAUUUCCCGAAUGCGGCACCCAGAGAGAUCUCAUCUUUUAGGACAAUUUGUACACUUUGAGACACUAAGUGACGGAGUUGCUUUAACUAUAUAUAAAUAUUAUAUAUAUUAAAAUACAUAGCGUGUUUCUCUAAAAUUUUGACUGUUAUAUUUAUGUACGCGUCCUUUCUUAUUUCCACCCUGAUAAAACUGUCGAGUGGAAUGAAGACCGGACAAAUGUAGAUGCGUAGCGUUUAUAGAUUAGUUUUAUUGUUAUGUUCCUUUAAGUUUGAAGCAAAUUUUUCUUAUUUAUUUCUUGUUACGUUUUGACGAUCCAAGUGAAAUGAAAAUAAAGAAAAAUGAUCUUUUUAUAUAUAUACAAACCUAUAUAUAUAUUCAUAAUGUUAGAAUGUUAUGCGAGUAUUAUUCGCUUUUCUAUCUGUAUGUUUUAUCAUUUUUUAGAGAAAGAAAUUAAGAUAAUAAAAAAAAAUUGUAAACUAUCAUGAACGUUAAAGAAUUUGUACAUUUUCUCUUAAAUCUAAACGUCAUUAUAAUGUAACAACUAUUUAUAAAUUAUGAAUUGUACAAAUUUAUGUGUCUAUAUUAUAGCUAUAAUCGCUUGUACAAUAGCUUUGUUUGUCCUGAAAAUGUUUUUGUCGUAAAAUGAAUUAAUAUUGAUUUCUUUGUGGACAAGCAUAUGUAAAAAUAAAUAUGAUUAUUUUAAAAUAUUGAUAGAUGAACUGCUUUAAACAAUAGUUUUUCAUUAUAUCAUAACGGAUGCUAAUAUAAAUCUGAAAGAAUCGUAUGAAUUAAAUGUUAAAAAUAUUUAAAAAUAAAACAUCGAAGAGUUUGAAAGAAUGUUCUUUAAUUUAUAUUAUGUUCGCCAUUACAUUGCUCAAACUGUUAAACUCAAUGAGGCCCCAGGGGUCAGAAGAGUCGACGACAAUUAAAAUUGAACUUACUAUUUAAAAAAAAAAAAGAGGAAAAUAGUGCAAUAAUUUAAUGUUAGUAUAAUUUUUUUUAAACAUUUGUACCUUUGACUAAUAUUAAGCCAAAGCUCGUUGGUUAUUUUUUUUUUCAAAUAUUGCCAAGCAAGUCCCAGUUCACAUUGUGUUAUUAAACUAUAAGCAAAAAAAUAUUUUUAGAGUUGCAAAGGACUUCAUACUAAAAUGACUUGUUUUAGGUUAUCGCAGACCUUUAUUUUUGUACAUUUUUUCCUUGGCAAAUGAAAUUAAUGUUUAACAUAGGGUUACCAUGUACUGAAUAGGAAAGUAAUCAUAAUAAUUAUAUUUCUGAAAAUAGAUGUACGUGUUCAAGAGUGUAUUGUGAAUAUUACAAUUUAGAACAUUUAUGUGUUGUCCGUUCGAAAACUCAAGCAUUGGAAUUGGUUUUAUUGUUUUGUUUAAUUGUAUGACUUUUUUUAAAAACUUGAUGCCAUAUUCAAUUGGUCUUUGUCGUCCGUCAGAGGCAUAUUAUUUAUUACCUUAAGAACAAUCUUUAAACCUUUUCCACUACGAACGACAAGCCGUUGAAAAAAAAUGAUUUUAGUGUUAUUUUUUAAUUGAAACUUUUUCAUUGUUUUAAAGAUAACGUUUAUGUACGAAAGGUGAUAUUCCUCUUAAGCUUUGUUUACUGUUGCAUUGUAAAGUUUUGUAAAUGAUUCAGAAAAUAUUUUUUUCUAUCUAAAUUUUGUUUUGUAAUGAAUGAAAGUUUCGACAAGAUAUUCUUAGCUGUUUUUAAGAAUUAAAGGAACGAAAGAGUGUAAUAAUUCUCUGUUUUUAGAUUUCUAGACAGAAAAAACCAAGGUUUUAAAUACUAUUACAAUUUUUUUUCUUUAAUGGAAAGUUGUCUCAACUCAUUUGUUUAUUGUAUAUAUAUAAUGUUUUAAUGAUUCCUCCUUUAUGCUCUCAGUGCGAGGAGAUCGUAAUGAAUUAUAAUACAUAUAAUAGAAAUACUACAAAGAUAACAAUGUUCAUUAAUCCUUUUCCCAUUCCUUGAAAUAUUCUAUCGCAUAGACUGAUGUAUUGUUGAACUUCAUAUACAUUCCCCGUCCAAAAAUUAAACAACCUGAAAUUUUACGAGAUCUGGUUUUAUUGGAUAGUGGAAAAGCUUUUUUGGUUAAUAAUUACAGUUUAGCCUUUUCAUGUUAUGUGUAACAGAAAAAGGGUUG